CGGUACUUGAUCGCCAACAGCUUGGUCGAUACGGCGAGUACGCCCAGUCUCUCGUAGCUUAGGGCAAGUACCACCGACUCGACCCCGCCCAUACGCCUACGGCCUGAGACUUCAGUGGCUAGCGUGCACCAGAGACAGGCCGAGAUGGAGGCAAAGUUUGAGGAGGAGAGGAGGUGCCGAAUGGAGAUCGUGGCCAAGCUGGAGCAGGAGCGGAAGCUGAGGGAGGAGCAGUCGGUUAUGUUGCAGAGCAUGGUCACCUGGAUGCAAGGACUUGGCGCGUCGAUGAACUAUGCGACGCCGCCUCCUCCCUUCGUCUUACCAGCUCAGCCUUACUUUCCUGCAGGACCUUCUGACACUCCCAAUCAGUCGUGGAACGCAUCGAACAAUCCUCCUCCGGACCAGAACUCGCCGGCGGCCCAGUGGCCAUCUUCGUCCCCCAGACCUGAGCAAUGAGUGUCUUGUAGUACUACUGUAUUGGACUUAUUAUAUGUAUCAGACUAUAUUCUAUGUGAUGGACUUGUGUUAUGUAUCAGACUCGUGUUAUGUAUUGGACUUGUGAUAUAUGUGAUGGACUGUGUUAUUUGUAUCGAUGUCAUUCUCGUAAUUGUCAAUUAUAUGUGAUGGACUAUAA